CCCAUCUCUAACUGGCAGCCGGCGGCAGGCAAGCACGUUUAUUUUUGUUAUUUAUUCGAUUUUAAAUAAAAUAAACAUUUACCAUUUUGGUUGCAAGUGCAGACAUUUAAAAAAUAUUUUCCAAUUCAACGUUCUGCUGUCUGUCAUGUCGUUCAAUAAUAAAUGCCUUCUCAAGUGCAAAUUAUGGUAAACGUUUACGCGCCGCGUACACGUGAAAAACAACAACAAGUAGGCCAAAAGAGGAGUUAUCAUUGCAAAUAAGCCAUGGGAGAUUUUGCCGAUUUUAAUUUGGAUCAAUUACUCAACUCGCCAACGCGGGCAACGUUCACGGGUCCUGAGAUGUGUCAGCCCAUCUGCUUCACACAAUCUUCAGGAAAGCGCAGCCGGCUGGCCGAGCGUAUAGCCGAGAGCGAUGAACUCAUACGCCAAGUAAAGCGCCUACAGGGCGAACGCCAACAGUUGGCUGACCUACAACGCACAGCUCAAGAGGUGACGGACCUGUAUCAGCGUGAAAAGAAACAGCGCCUUGAAUUGGAACAACAGGCGAAAGAAUUUGGCGAACGAUGCAAAUCGUUGGAGAAGCAGCUAGAUGCCCAGGUAUUAAACUGUGAGAGUUUGCAAGAGGAACUUUCUACCAGAGGACUGCCUGUGGAUGCUAAAGAUGUGGUGGAGGUAUUCAUGCAACUGGCUCAGAGGGCGGGUGAAGACAUAGGGCUAAUGAGACGGGAACAGAACAUGAUAAAAAAGCUUAAAGACUUCUGCAAGAUGGCCAAGAUUAAUAUGCCAACUGCCAAAAGCCAGAAUCCGAAUAAUGGUAGUUACCGUCGGAAAGGCUUAGGAACGCUAGCUAAUCUGAGGACGAGCAAGGCUACUCAAACAAAUGAAGCGGUCAUUCCGAAGCGUGCUGAGAUGUGUUCCAUAGGUGUGCAAGUUGGUAUGCGUCUGGAGAUGAGGGAUCAGGGUACCCAGCACAAGAAUACAACAACAACCAGAGGAACUACUACUGCAUCGUUCAUAAAAUACCAAGAUGCGAGUACAUGCUUCCCGGAGCCUAAGCCGAAACUUAAUGUUCGCCAGAUCCUUGAUGAAAUGUUAUCCUGGCGCGGUCCCCAGGAAAUAAUACCACUGAGUCCCAUAACUGAUAGCCUGUUGCCGGCGGAGAAGGCAAACACAUUUGUCACCUCAAGUGUUGGAACUUGCUCCACGUUAUGGAACGUUCAGCAAGAAAUUGAGAAGCCCUAUACAUUCGUCACCUCAAGUGUUGGAGCCUGCACCUCGUUAAGGAACGAUCAGCGAGAAAUUGACAAGCCCUAUACAUUCGUCACCUCGAGUGUUGGAACCUGCACCACGUUAUGCAACGUUCAACGAGAAAUUGACUUUGUGUCAAUAAUCCAGCCAACACAAAUCAAAGUCUCCAAUUCCCGCCCACCUUCGAGGGCCAUGUUUGAUAGCGUCAAGGACGAGGCGAAUUUCGCCUCACACCAUGCCAGAGAGAUGCUCAGCUUUCUACCUCGCCCAGAGCUGCCCACGUGCCUGACGAAUGUACCAGCGCAUGCCUUUGAGGAGUUGUGGCAGGUAUUUGGGCAAAUGGUCUUGGGCUUACUCCAGCGUCGUUCAAAUGCCUCGCAAACAACGCAGUCGAACAUUAGUCAAGCCGAUUUCACUAAUUGGCUCUAUGCUUUAUAUGAAGGGACCCAGUUGCAGGAGCAGCAGAUGCCACGACACAAUGAAAAACCAUGUCAGGAUGGAAUGGGAGAUGAAUCUGCAGCUUGUGAGGAUCCUGGCAUUAGGAUGGAACCAAGUUCAGAGACCCUUCAUGUAGAUCUUAGACCCAUCCUACUGCCAGCAAAAAAUUAUCAUCGGGAGAGAGAAAGAGAAAGCAACAAACAAAAACGCAAAGGUAAAACCAAUUGGCGUGGUAACUCCAAAAAAAGACGCAAGAGAAAAGCGGAUUUGGAAAAGGAUUUGGUAAGCGAAAUGGUUUGUGAUAUUAGGAAAGAAAUGGAGCCUUUAUAUACCCAAAAUGAGCAUAUUCCAUUAAAGCACCUUCCUCAAAGAGGAGUUGAUCUGGAAUCUGCUAAGGAAAGCCUUUUGAAACCAGGUUCUGCCUAUGAUCCUGAAAUAACCUUUACGGUAAUCAAUGAAUGUGAAACUCCCUUAAAGCCCAACGAGGAACUGCAGCAGCUUCUUAUACCAAGUAUACAAAAAUCUCAAAAUGAAGCUACUGCUGGUACAUUAGAUGUUGAAAAACCCUUCAACAGUACUGCUGAUGGAACCCAAACAGAAACCAUCGAACAAUUAACAGAGUGUCCUAGAAUUAGUCAUAUAGACCGAGAUCCAGCGGUAUUCCGCGAAAAGUCCCAAAACGAAACCACACUGCCAAAUUCAAACAAAAAACCACAAAUGGCUUCUGAGCCAAGUGGAUUGCAAUGUCAGCAAUCUGAAAACUGCUGUGAGACUCCUACAAUAAAAAAACCACUUCCCGGUGAAUGUGCUAUUCAAUUCCUCACCAAUUUAAACGCGUUCAAUGUGGCGAACUGUGAUAACCUGGAAUUAGAACUUGACGAAGAAGAACUUCGCUUGUUACAGCUGACCAGGGAACAACCAACAAAUCCUCCAUGCAAAACUGAACCAUGGAACACAAAUAAGUCAAUUCAUGAGAAAAUGGAAUCAUUUUCCAACGUAGAUGCCGGAACCCCUUUACAAAUUACUGACGCCACUCAGGUCAAUGAUUCUCUAAAGGUUUCUCUAUUCGGAAGUGAUUCAGAAGCGGAAGACCUCCCAUUGGAACAGCCGAACGAUAACGUAGAUACAGUUUCUGAAGACGAUAUGAUCAGCGAACCGGGAAUUCUGAUAAUUGAUGAAGAGGAAAGAUCUUCCAGCCAGUCUGUUACUCCCACUACUUCACCUUUACUUUCGUUUUCGCCAUCUCCAACUGCAAAACGCAAACGUAACCGAAGUAAAAGUGAAUCUCCUUCAGUUUGUGAAUUUCGUCUCACUCGUCAGAGAACUAAACAAUUAAUGUUAGAGAAGCAGACAAUGCAGGAAGAGAAUACCACAGAGGUGCCAAAGAAAGGGACAUCUGAGGAUGAACCUAAGAAAACUUAUAAUUCCUUUUUAGAAGAAUCCCCAACAUCGCCUAAUCCGACUCCUUCAGAAGAAGACAUUGUAUCUUACAAAGUCCCAAUGGAGAUUCCUCUCGAGAGUGCUCCAAUUCUCAAUCAUGAACCCCCUGCUGUGAUAAAGCAUGUUAUUGCCUUCACCAAGUCAGAGGCCAGAGAACAGAAGAAAGAGAAGAAUUGGAAGCCACCGGUUUUGGAUGCAUUACGUCCAAAAAUAGUUGAGUAUUUAAUGAAUAGUCCAGAUCUGGAGUCAACCUGUAGAGAUUUUGCAAAUGCAUUGCAAAGAAUAACAAAUGACGAAGCACUACUCAUUGAAGCCUUGAUCAACAUCAUCAGUCAAAUGGAUCAACCUAGCCACAAUACCCAAGAGAUUGAACGUUUAAUUAAAGCAUUGCAUUACCUAAGCACCACCACCUUCAUCACGAUUAUACAGAACUUCAUGAAUGCCUUAGAAAAGCGCCUGUUUAAAAUCGGCAAAGAAAACGCAUUAAAAACAAAUGUCGUUUUGAAAUUUGUGAAAAUUUAUCUAAAGCUAAUACAACUUCAAUCGAGUCUGACCCAAGAACUCUAUGGGAAUCCUGCACGCCUUUUAAUCGUGAAGAUUCUUUAUCGCUAUGACAGAGAUAUACCCGUGCUAGUAUUGGAAGUGCUUACUGAAUUCCCCACGGUGUUGCCCCAUCGCGAAGAACGUAGCUAUGACAAUUCUGAUCCCAUUAUUACAGUCAUCAAGCAUCUACUGAUGAACCGAAAGUACGAUAUGCACGAUCCCCAGGGUGCAGAACGCACUUUGCUCUCUAAGCUACGCUUCGAAUAUCACUUCACGCCGUUUGAGCCGACGCGCCAUCAGGUGGUCGAGAAUCUUGUAGAGAAACUUAAGGUUGGAAAGUUGCAGCAAGAUCUUGCCUACGCCUUCGCUCUGUUUUGCCGGCGCGGCUAUUCGCAUCCUUUGCAGGUAGUCAAAGAAGUGCUUGGCAUUCAUUUGAUGCCGCUGGCAUCUAGCUACUGCGAUCUGUCCACCCAAUGCGAAGACUACGACGGUCGUCUCCAGGCCUUGCUGCAAUGCAUUUCAAUGAUUGUGAAGGAGCUGCCGCUGGACACAGAUAUAUCUGGCUAUGUUGUGCUCUUUAGACGUCUUCUGAUGGCGGUGACAAGACCGGGAGUUCAGCAGGCUGCCGUUCAAGCCAUACUACGCUUGCAGAAAUUUGGCUUCAAGUAUGCCUUGGACGCUUUACAGAAUUAUACACCCAACUAUGCGUUGAGUCCCCUAACUAGGGCCAUGAUGCGCAGCUUUGCUGUUCGCCGUGAAAAGUAUCAGCGCCCCCAAUGACAAAGAGAAGGGGGAAGAGAGAGAAUUCCCGGAUGAUUCCUUUGUUUUAGGAAUUGCGACUAUUUAUUUAUGUGUAUUAUAUAUAUUUAUAUAUAUAGAAUUUGAAUUAAACUAAAUGCUAACUGCAAUUGA